GAACAGACAGACGAAGACGAAGACGAAGAGAGACCUCGUAUCCCUCUCUGCGGCCUCCUCAGCGACAGCCUUGACUCGCUAGCAGCCUCGAGCAGACGACUUCUGGGAGUUUUGCGUCUGCCUCUGCCUAUAAAGCUCCCUCUCAUCCGCCGCCACCACCACCACCACCACCUACACCCUCGAUAUAUCACUAUAACGAUAUCAAUAUAAUUUAAUAUGGCUGAAGACACGAUUGAGUCUGCGCGGUCGACGCCGUCAGAGGGAGCUUCAACUACCCGGCCGCUGAUGAAGAGCGCCGAUGCCUCUGUCCAGCCGGUCGUCACUGAUGCCGAUGCUGAUACCGACAGCGACAGCGAGAAGAAGAGCUACUUUGCCUACUUUCGCACUCGCCAGUUCUACAUCGUCCUGCUCCUGGGCCAAAUUCUCGCUCUUUGCAUCACCGCGACCAACACCUUCUCGGGCCUGCUCUCGUCCGCAGGAACCUCCAUCCCGGCCUUCCAGACGCUCUUCAACUACGUCCUGCUCACCCUCGUCUACACCUCCUUCACCCUCUACCGCUACGGAGCGCGCAAGUGGUGGUCCCAGCUCGUCCUGCGCGACUGGUGGAAGUACCUCAUCUUCGCCUUCUGCGACGUCCAGGGGAACUACUUCAUCGUGCUCGCAUACCGCUACACCACCAUCCUCAGCGCCCAGCUCAUCAACUUCUGGGCCAUCGUCAUGGUCGUCCUCAUCUCCUUCACGCUGCUGCGCGUCCGCUACCACUGGGCCCAGUACGCCGGCAUCCUCGUCUGCAUCGGCGGCAUGGGCGUGCUCUUCGGUUCAGACCAUAUCACGGGUGCCAACAGCGGCGGGCCAGAGAAGUCUCGCGGCGACCUGAUCAAGGGAGACCUGUUUGCCCUGCUUGGAGCUACCUUCUACGGCCUCACCAACGUCGCCGAGGAGUAUCUGGUUAGCAAGAGGCCGAUGUACGAGGUUCUUGGCCAGCUGGGCAUGUACGCUACCGUCAUCAUGGGCGUGCAGGCGGCCAUCUUCGACCGGGCCUCGUUCCAGCACGCGGUCUGGAACGGCGCGGUGGCGGGCUACCUGGUCGGCUAUACGCUGUGUCUCUUCCUGUUCUACAGUCUGGCGCCAUUGCUCUUCCGCCUGGCCAGCGCGGCAUUCUUCAACAUCUCCCUGCUGACCAGCAACUUCUGGGGCGUCGUGAUCGGGGUCAAGGUGUUUGGCCUGCGCAUCCACUUCCUCUACCCCAUCGCCUUUGUGCUCAUCAUCAUCGGCCAGUUUGUCUACUAUCUCGGCAGACAGGUGCUCGGCGAGGCCAUGAAGCCCUGGCUGGGCGAGAACCAGGAGCAGGGCGUCAUCGGCAUAGGCACCGCCAGGAGGGGAGCCCAUGACACUAAUGCCACUGCUGCUGCUGCUGCUGCUGCUGCCAGCGCUGACUCUAAUGUCUAAUGAUCCAUGCAUACAUACAUCUCGGUACAUAUCAUCAUCAUCAUCAUAUAUAUCAUGAAUGUCAUGAGUUUGGAUACUUACUACAUAGCUAAUACAAAAAAGUCAUUUCGUUCAUUCGUUCAGUCAUUCCAACAAACCGCAAGGCUGACAGGGCAGACUUGUAACCGAGAAGAAGCAAAGCAAGACAGUAGACUC